GUGCUUGUCUUGUCCCUGACUCCUAUUUAUAGCGUGGUAUCCGUGGAACAUCGUGUGUUUCUGCUUCUUCUGUGUGGAUUUCUACAUGUGUGUGGUUCUGGUUGUGUUCACAUGUUGAAGGUGAACCAAUCAUUGCUGCUCCUGGUGAUGAUGUCAUCCUGCCGUGCCGCCUGGACUCUCAGGAGGAUCUGAGUGGUUUCUCAGUGGAGUGGACCAAAGUGGACAUGAAGCCUGAUCCACAGGGUCGCAUCCUUUUUGUGUAUCUGUACUGGAGCAGGCAGACCAUGACCACAGUCAUGAUACCGUCGUUGAUCCCGAGAGUGUCUCUGGACCAAGACGGACUAAAACGAGGAGACGUGACGUUAAAGAUCAGGAACGUGUCGCUCCAGGAUGAGGGGAAGUACAGCUGCUUCAUUCCUGGGAAGAACUUCAGGGAGACGGUUCAGCUGGUUGUUGAGCCAAACGGAGUCAGAGCUCCAACCAUGGAAACAUCCCAGGUUGACAUCAUCUCCACUCCAGAUCCAGGAGGAGACCGGAUCUGGAUCAGUCGCUCCAGACCGGCUCUCUGGAUCCUUCUUGGACUUUUUCCCUCAGUGAUCCUCUCUGCUGUUUGUGUUUGUGUCUGUCAGAGGAAACAACCAGAAGGUCAGAAACCUCCUCUGGUCUGAAGACAUCCCAUCUCUCCAAAGCUGCUUUGAUGGUCUUCAAGGAUUGAAGAGACUUUCUGAAGCUGCAGCCACAUGGAGACGUUUGUCCACACAGACAUGAAAACAUUGUAAUCAUGAUUCUGAGUUUGAAUCUGUUGCUGGUGAGACGACAGGUGGUGUCAUAUGAACAUCUGUGGACAGAACAAGAACCUUUAACAGACCCUGAACCCACACAGCCUCUGGUGGCUGGAAGUGUUCAUCAGUGGAUCCAUCAGUGUGAAUGAGACUCAGACUGGAAAACACUGGAGGACAAAGUCAAACAGGAAAUGGAUUUACUUGAACAUCACUUUUACCUCAAAGGACCAAAAUGUUUUCCAGUACUGUUUGUUUGAAACAAAUGCAGUACUUUAGUUCCAAACAGCUGCAAUACUAUUUCUACUUUGUACAAUAUUUUUAUAAAAUCACUUUUUUGAGUUGAAGCUAAAAUCUGUUGAAAUCUUUGUGA